AUGAUCUCACCAGCUUUCUGGUUGGUCAGCGGCAGCGAGUUUAGGAUCACGCGCAGUGAUGAUGCCACUCACACGCCACUGUUGCAGACCACAGGGAGCUGUUUGGGUGGACAAACAUUUCGAUCAAAAAUCACAAGUUAUGGCGACUUUAGGUAUGGCAAAAAUUGGUACAAACCCAAUUGCCUAGGAAGCUGCAAGGUUGAAUAUGGCGGUCAGUACAAGACAACAGACGGAUUUGGACAGGCUGGAUGCAGUAGCGACAUCCAAAGCAGCAACAAUGUCGGCUUCUGGUGUAGUUCCAGAAAGCCUGGUCCAGUAUCUAUCAUGAUGAUUGGUGGAGGAGGUCGAAACUGUGCACAUGCUGAUCACGGGAUUGGAAUAACUCAGCCAAGGAGAGGUCCCGGAAUUAAAUAUAAAUAUGACUUUGGAAAUACCGCUCGUCCAUCAUACCAUCCGACACCAUCCCAAUCCUACUCAUUAAACUUAUGGAUCCGCUGACUGACAGCAAGGCCCAAGUCAAUUCCAUAUAUUUUUAGCCGGAUUAUCUUUGAUACUAUAAACAAACGUAACAAACAUCCCAACUUUCAAAAUAGAUAAUGAAACUAGCCAACAUUUGUCAGCUUCAGGAAACAGCCGAUAUUUUGCCACGCCACCGCUGGUUUCUCCACGAAAUGACGUCUGAGAAACGAGUGCAAAGUAGUAGUUCUUCUGUUGACAUGACUUAUUGACCCCUGAAAUAACUAAUGCAUGUCUCUCACUUACUUAAAAAAAAUGCUGAGAAUUUUUUGAGAAAAAAGCCAUACAGCGAAUGCGGUCAAGACAAAAGCAAAUCACGCGAGACAAGAUCCAUAAUCUAAAUGGCCUUAAUUUUUAAAAAGAAUUGAACCGGUCUUUCGCAUAGUGUCUCAGACACUCCACACUGCCUCUAUAGCAAUGGUUUAGACAACAAAAUAAUUUUAUUGUUUAAUUAAUUUCUCCUUUGUUGCUUGAAACUGGUAAAGCAGGCGUUGUAGUGACCUGAAUCUCCGACGUGCCUUCGAGUCGCUUACUGUAUUUAGGGAGUAUUAGUAGGUACUGUUUUAAAACUGAACUCAUCGAGGCACAACAACAGGAAGUAGAAAACAAACUUAUGUAACGUCAUUUGAUACUAGGCUACUUUAAAAAAAAAUCUCAAGACCUUUUCAGCCAGGAAACAUUGUUCUAGCAGUACAGUAAUUGGAUAAGGGGGAAAUCAUUCGAUCUGGAUAUACCUGUGUGAAAUUAAUAAAGAAUUCACUUUCCUUUCAAAUUUCGUACUAAAUGAUUCGCUUUGCCGUCCGUUACUUUUAAAUUGUCUUUCCCUAUCUGAUGAUGUUUUUAAAUGAAACACAAGCCUGCGAGCAGGCGAACGAAGCGAGCCGCGAGAGACGCGCGGGAGCGAGCGGGAAGCUGCGAGGGACACUCGUGUCCCUUAUCGCGUGCGCGGCUGUCGCGUGACUUCUCGCGACUCCCCCAGAUGGAGAGCUUGCUCACAUACAGGCAGGCUAAUGAAAGUCUGACAAGGUCGUUUAGCAUUGAAUUAGAUCGCCUUGGCCAAGAAAUGUAAAAUUUUCAGCUAACACAAUGCUAUGGACUCCGAACCUGUUAUUCCACCGACUUUCUUUGUGUUUCUAUUGCAACUCCUGUUAGACUCCAAGAAAAUGCUGGCCAGUACAAGGAUUCGUCGCAGCAUGAACUCAGCAAGCAACAGCUCGCUGUCAAUAGAGGAAGUACGCCGUGAAAUCAAUAUAAGAAUAAGCCAACUGAAACCAGAAUCCUGGUGUCAGCAUUCAAAAAAAGUCUGCGUCUCAGGUCCUCCUGGUGAAAAAGGAAGUAGAGGUUCCAGAGGAAGACGAGGAAGGCCUGGUGACAAGGGUAAGAAAGGUGCACAAGGCAUUAUGGGUCCCCCUGGCAGACAUGGCAAACAAGGAAUUAUGGGAAAUCCAGGAAUAAAAGGAGCGAAAGGACAGAAAGGUAAAGUGUUGAAAUAUAAGAACUUUAAAAUUAUUAAAAAGUUUCCAAUCAAAAACAUUGACCAGUUUUAUUCAAUCAGAGCACGUGAAGCCCUAGGCUCAGUCUCCAGCCGUGGGUGUCUCAAUGUACCCACAGAACUAACCACUAAAUAAAUAGUUCCGCGGGCGCAUCGAGACACCCACUGCUGGAGACUGAGCCUAGGUUAGCGCUGUCUACAUAUACAUUAAAAAAAAAAAGACUCCAGCGAAACUGAAAGCCUGCCUGAUCUCGAGAGCUUAGCAUAUUUUUACUAAUGAAGAAAAUAACUGCAAAAGCCUUUGAAAGAAGAUCCUGCUGGUUGUCAACGUUGGAUCUCAAGAAAAGAGAUUAAAUCAGCUAAAAUAUUAAAGGGAACCUCCACUCUUACUACAGAAUAAGUUUAAAUCGAAUAAAAUUAUGUUGAUAAACAAAUUUGUUCGAAAUUUGUCCUUAAAAAAAGUGUUUAUAUCAGGAAAAGUGAAUUUUAAAAUCGGUUAUUUUCACUUUCAAAUUUCGCGGGCGCCGCCAUCUUGAAUAAUUGUGACGUGUUACGGUUGCUCUAUUGUUCUGACACAAAGAGCUUUUGUUUAAUAACAAUAGGGCAACCAUAACACGUCACAAUUAUUCAAGAUGGCGACGCCCGCAAAAUUUGAAAACAAAAAUAGGCGAAUCUAAAAGUUAUUUCUUUCGGAUACAAACGCUUUCUUUAAAAAUAUUUUAGAUUGACUUGACUGUAACAGUUAUUUCCUGUGAUUUAAAGUUAUCUUUUUGUUGAAGUGGAGGUUCCCUUUAAGAACAAAAAACGAGAAGUCCAAAGACUACAGCAAAGCAGAUUAUAACAACGUGGAUUGGAUUCCGAAUAUUUCGGCUAGCCAUCCUAGCGUCCUUGAAGUUCAGGUUAACAGAUGUUCCUGAAUUAAUGGUAGGAAUUGCAAUAUAAUAUAUUGUUACUGAAUUUUUGUAAAAUGGGGUUGACAGGCCUACACGACUCCCCAGCGCGUGUUUAAAAUAGCCUUUCUAUAGUUUGGCUCUCACGAGUAUGUCUUUGAGCGACCGCCCUCUUUUAUAAGAUACGAGGGGCGGUUUUUUGUAGAUUUCGCUCAGUAAUGGUUGUUGUUCUAUUAAAUGCCAGUUUUUCAUGAGAAUUUGCUUUAGGUUUGGCACUGAUGGUUGGUAUUGUGUGACAAAAGGCAAGAUUCGUUGGUUUGUCUUUGGUUUCUGUUGAAGGGCUAGUUUCCUGUCUUUGAAGUUCACCUCUGAGAGGGUUGUGUUAAUAAGAUCCUCUGGGUAACCCCUCUGUAGCAGAUGCGCUUUGAAAUUUGUAAUUUUCUCUUCGAAUAUUAGUUCGGAAGAGUUUGUUCUGAGGAGUCGGAGGGCUUCCCUUUAAUGAAGCCUUUUUAACUCCUUGCGGGUGACAGGAAGCAAAAUGGGCAUACUGAAAUGUCUCAGUUGGUUUGAAAUGAGUACGCACAUCAAGGAUUGCGUCUCUUUCGAAUCUUUCCCCUUGUAGAUGUAGGUGUCCAAGAAUGUUGUUUCCGUAUCGGAAAUUUCAGCCGUAAAUUUGAUCGUAGGGUGAUGAUUGUUUGCUUGUUCAAUGAAAUGUUUUAUUCUGGCUCUGUUUGUAGUCCAGAGCGAGAAGAUGUCGUCUAUGUAACGUUUCCAAACGAGCGGUUUGAAAAGGCUUCGGCUAAGGAUUUCCGUCUCUACCUUGUUCAUGAAUAUAUUAGAAAAGGCGACUGCCAUUUUCGUGCCCAUGGCCGUACCAUGUGUUUGAAGGUAGUUUUUUCCAUUAAACUGGAAAGAGUUUUCUUGGAGAAUUAGCCUGAGCGCUCGUUUUAGUAGUUGUGUAGGGAUAGGAGGUUCGUUUCUAUAGAAUAUUUCGUAUGCUCUGCAUACCGUGUCUAUUCCCUCCUCUUGCGGUAUAUUUGUAUACAAGCUCGUAACGUCCAUUGAAACAAGUAUGACGUCCACUGGGACUUUCGUAUUUUCUAUGAAAUUGACGAAGUCGGUAGUAUCUUUAAGAUAAGACUUUUGUUGUUGUGCUAUCGGCUGAAGGAGUUUGUCGACAAAUGAUGAUAAUUUCUCUGUUGGGCCAUCACACCCUGAUACUAUCGGUCUGCCUACCGGGGACGGCUUGUGUAUCUUAGUGAGGGUGUAAAAUUCUGGAAUUCGAGGCGGAUUUGGUGUUUGACAAAGCCAAGAAAGGAAAGCGAGCCACACCGGCUAUACCACUGAACACUAAGAACUGUAGUACGAUCGAACCAGCGCGCGCAGCGCAAGCUGAAAACAAUGUAACGAUCGAAUCAGUAAAGCAAAUUGCUGUUAACCUCCAGGCACAAAUCGCCCAGUUCGGCAAUAUGAUGCAACAACUAGGAGCCAUUGAAAAUAAAGAAGUUCAAAAGUACACAUGUGUAUUCUCUGACUCCCACCACAAACAUGGGGCCAAAAAACAAAUUUUAAAAGCCAAACGGCUAGCAACCAAUAAGCGCAAAGAGCGCAGAAAGGUCAGACGCCAGAAACAUUCAACUAUCACUAUAGAGGCGAACAAAAAACACAUAAAAAACCUCUCAAACAAAGAACUUACAAAUGACCAGAUUAAUUUACUGGCAAAAGGGCUUAAAUUCAUUCCAACACCCGUUACAAAACAAACACAAAUCAGGCAACAACUCUUGCGUGACUUUGAUCAGUUUGCAAGAAGAAUGCGUCUCAUGUACAUAUUUCGAGGGAAAACAACGAACCCCAUCCUUACCAUGUCAAAUCUGCAUGGGAACCAUCAAUACAACGAUCAGUAGCCCUUGAAAGUUACCUAGAAGAGGUUAAGAGCGACCUUGCAGAAAUAGAAAUAACAAAGCCAAAAAUAAUCUGCCUCCGGCCGAACGUGAGGCUCUGAGAGCCCUAAAAGUGACACUGAAAUAAACCUUAAAAAGGCCGAUAAAGGAACAACAACCGUAGUCAUGAACACACAAGACAAAAUUAAAGAAGGCCAAAUUCUACUAGACAACAAAGACAACUACAGGCCUCUUGCAUCACCCAUGGUCACUGAUACAAACCAUAAAGUUAAACAACUUAUUACAGACCUCCACAACGGGGAUCACAUAGACGACAUGACUAAAAAAUGGCUUUGUCAAACACCAAAUCCGCCUCGAAUUCCAGAAUUUUACACCCUCACUAAGAUACACAAGCCGUCCCCGGUCGGCAGACCGAUAGUAUCAGGGUGUGAUGGCCCAACAGAGAAAUUAUCAUCAUUUGUCGACAAACUCCUUCAGCCGAUAGCACAACAACAAAAGUCUUAUCUUAAAGAUACUACCGACUUCGUCAAUUUCAUAGAAAAUACGAAAGUCCCAGUGGACGUCAUACUUGUUUCAAUGGACGUUACGAGCUUGUAUACAAAUAUACCGCAAGAGGAGGGAAUAGACACGGUAUGCAGAGCAUACGAAAUAUUCUAUAGAAACGAACCUCCUAUCCCUACACAACUACUAAAACGAGCGCUAAGGCUAAUUCUCCAAGAGAACUCUUUCCAGUUUAAUGGAAAAAACUACCUUCAAACACAUGGUACGGCCAUGGGCACGAAAAUGGCAGUCGCCUUUUCUAAUAUAUUCAUGAACAAGGUAGAGACGGAAAUCCUUAGCCGAAGCCUUUUCAAACCGCUCGUUUGGAAACGUUAUAUAGACGACAUCUUCUCGCUCUGGACUACAAACAGAGCCAGAAUAAAACAUUUCAUUGAACAAGCAAACAAUCAUCACCCUACGAUCAAAUUUACGGCUGAAAUUUCCGAUAAGGAAACAACAUUCCUGGACACCUACAUCUACAAAGGGGAAAGAUUCGAAAGAGACGCAAUCCUUGAUGUGCGUACUCAUUUCAAACCAACUGAGACAUUUCAGUAUACCCAUUUUGCUUCCUGUCACCCGCAAGGAGUUAAAAAAGGCUUCAUUAAAGGGGAAGCCCUCCGACUCCUCAGAACAAACUCUUCCGAACUAAUAUUCGAAGAGAAAAUUACAAAUUUCAAAGCGCAUCUGCUACAGAGGGGUUACCCAGAGGAUCUUAUUAACACAACCCUCUCAGAGGUGAACUUCAAAGACAGGAAACUAGCCCUUCAACAGAAACCAAAGACAAACCAACGAAUCUUGCCUUUUGUCACACAAUACCAACCAUCAGUGCCAAACCUAAAGCAAAUUCUCAUGAAAAACUGGCAUUUAAUAGAACAACAACCAUUACUGAGCGAAAUCUACAAAAAACCGCCCCUCGUAUCUUAUAAAAGAGGGCGGUCGCUCAAAGACAUACUCGUGAGAGCCAAACUAUAGAAAGGCUAUUUUAAACACGCGCUGGGGAGUCGUGUAGGCCUGUCAACCCCAUUUUACAAUGUCAUGACCUCUCAGUGUGAGACAUGCGGCUAAAACCACAUUUGCUCAGUAAAAUGCAGAACCUUCCAGAGCAUAAUCUACCCAGCAGAUAAAAACAACUUCAUUGGAAUAAGCAGCAUUUUGGCAUGAGGUAAAAGUCGUGUAGGCCUACCACCCCCUUUUAUUGCUAUGAUUUGUUUACGGGUAGGCCCCGUUUUACCUUAUGAAAAUCAACACUGGCACUAAUAAGAACCAAGCACAGAGUAGAAAGUUCAACAUUGCGCAACUAACAAGAAACGUAUCCACUCCAGUUUUUAGAGGGAGUGUACGGAAACUCUGUGCGCAUCUAUUUACAAGAGUCUUCGAACUCUUCCACGAAAGAAAGUGCCUAAAUUUUCACGAAAUGCUUUCCAAAAAAACACACCUCUAGCUUGAAGCAGAGGAGGAUCGAAAUACACAGUCCGCAAUUGGUUACGUUCAGUAGCCAAUAAGAAAACAAGAAUUUCGAUCCGCCACGUGGGUAUUUAUGUUCAGUUCAAAGCUCAACAGACAGAACGGCUGUACCGUUCUCGCCACGACAAAGUACAACUAAAGUUGCUCUUCUAAAAGCAACUAAGCACAAAGCCAACCCGGCAACUGAUGAGGUUCGUGAGGAGAACCGAAACCAUGGUCUUGCCUGAUCACAAACUGUGGCAAUAACAAAACAGUUUAAAGACUGUUAAGCUUAUUCAAAGCUAUUACCAAGGAAGGAACUACGCGCUCCAGUCAAAAGACUCACACUAUCUUUAGAAAAACACUAAGCUGGAGUUUACUGAGUCACAAUUCAAUUCUCCAUAGUAAGUUUAUGUAGCUUCAGUUUAAGCUGCAGCUCACUCUUAUAAUUUUGGAUCUGUAAGUCACUAUCCGUGAUAAUUUAACAUUCUGCAAAGAAAACUGACGAGCUGGGCCCAGCGUGAUACAGCAUUGCAGAAAAACAUUACACUCACGGACUAAAGAAAAUCGCUUAGAUCAGAUCCAGAAGGCACUUUGGAGAAAAUUGGAACCCUUAUUCAGCCGUAAUAAAAAAAGCUUUACGCUUCAAAAGAGGUCAAAGAAUAUGCGCUUGCAUCACAGGGCAAAUCCUGCCGACCAGAAAACAAUAACUACAGUCAAUCGAUAUAUAUGUCAUGACCUCUCAGUGUGAGACAUGCGGCUAAAACCACAUUUGCUCAGUAAAAUGCAGAACCUUCCAGAGCAUAAUCUACCCAGCAGAUAAAAACAACUUCAUUGGAAUAAGCAGCAUUUUGGCAUGAGGUAAAAGUCGUGUAGGCCUACCACCCCCUUUUAUUGCUAGGAAAAGUGAAUUUUAAAAUCGGUUAUUUUCACUUUCAAAUUUCGCGGGCGCCGCCAUCUUGAAUAAUUGUGACGUGUUACGGUUGCUCUAUUGUUCUGACACAAAGAGCUUUUGUUUAAUAACAAUAGGGCAACCAUAACACGUCACAAUUAUUCAAGAUGGCGACGCCCGCAAAAUUUGAAAACAAAAAUAGGCGAAUCUAAAAGUUAUUUCUUUCGGAUACAAACGCUUUCUUUAAAAAUAUUUUAGAUUGACUUGACUGUAACAGUUAUUUCCUGUGAUUUAAAGUUAUCUUUUUGUUGAAGUGGAGGUUCCCUUUAAGAACAAAAAACGAGAAGUCCAAAGACUACAGCAAAGCAGAUUAUAACAACGUGGAUUGGAUUCCGAAUAUUUCGGCUAGCCAUCCUAGCGUCCUUGAAGUUCAGGUUAACAGAUGUUCCUGAAUUAAUGGUAGGAAUUGCAAUAUAAUAUAUUGUUACUGAAUUUUCUCCUUUCUUUAAUAAAUCCUCCUACCAAGCUGUAACUCUUUUUUGGCUUUUCUGGCCUUAAAGGCUGGUUUUAAUUAGCUUCGGAGUCGGAGUCGGAGUCGGAGUCGUAAGCGGAGUCGCAAGGGCGCUUAUGACUUAAUGAAAAUCAAAAACUCAGGAGUCAUAAGUUGAGUCAUAAGCGCGACGGAAUCGGCGCCGGAAGAAUCAGAACGUUUACAUUUUCUUUUGACUCCGCUUAUGACCCCGUCGUUUACGAUCAAGUGAAAACCAGAUUAUCGGAGUAGCAAGCAGAAGAGGAAGGAUAAACUAAUCACAAUGUACGUUCCCACGUUUAAUGACUGGUUUAGUUCGCGUCUUCUUCCGACUCCAACAACCUAGUUUUCACUUGAUCGUAAGCGACGGAGUCGUAAGCGGAAUCAGAACGCUGUUUUCACUAGAUCGUAAAGCUCUUCUCUUCUGAUUACGACUCCGACUCAAUAUCACAGGGUCAACAAAAGAGCCUCAAAUCCCCAACCCGUAAUUAGGAUAUCUUCAUUUCCCUGAAUUCCAUGUCCGAAUUCAUUUUCAUCUUUGUCGGUUGUCAGGACAUCUCAGUUAAUAAGUAAAAGCGCUUGUUAAUUAUAAAGAUUUUUUAUGUAUUUCACCCAGUUUCAAGACUUUGAUCGCUAAGGAAAGAGUAAAACUUGUAAGAAUGCAUCAUUUGAUUGCACUUAAACUUCAUUAACUCUUGUUUGUUUAUGCAACAUGAUCGUUUAUUUCACCAUUGUUUGCCAAAUGAAUAUCAUGAGUACUGAUAAAAUUAUCAAAGCUUUUAUUCUAAACGCGAACUUGGUUUCCCUGUCGACUACAGGGCACAGUAAAAAGUAAUUAAUUGAUUAAUGGACUCCAGCCUUUUGGAUACUUAAAUUAUUCUUACUGAAAAACUGCAUGGGGUGACAGGCUUCACAUCUAUACCUUUAAUGUUUUUGGCUCUAACAAGCAUGUCCUUUGCCAUAAUUUUCCUUUCUCAGAGAAAUAACACUUAGGUUUUUCUGGGAUUUUUCCAAGAGGAUAAAACAUCAGCACCUGACGUUUUCAGUGACUGUUCGUUUAUCCCUCGCACGCAUUUUGAGACAAGUUCAGUGAUGAUCAGUUUCUAUGGUUACGAGGUAUGACGUAAUAAGCAGCAGCUGGUCAAGCCAUUUUGAGUGAAAAUGUGUUUUUUUUUCAACUUUUUUCAACAAUAAAAGUAAAUCUUGUGGCUCAAAUAAUGCAAAGUGCUUAUUUAUGUGUUAUUAUUCAUGUGAAGCAGUUACCAUUUCUGGUAAAAUUCAACAUGGCGACCAUUGUUGAUGACGUCACACGUCUCCAGCAGCGCCACCAUUAAUAAAAUAUACCUCAUCUUGUUAAGAAGAUCAAAGGCUUUCCAGUGAAGGCAAAAUCGUUUCGAAAUACUGCAACAUACCAAAAACUCUGGGGAGGGGUUCCAUCUACCCCCUCCCCCCUCUUGUACCAUGGUGGGGCUAUGAUUUUGCGUGUACGUCCGAGGGUUAAGUGUUUCUUUCAAAAUUUGGCAAGGUAGUGGCUGGUUUUGUUUGUGAUUGCACUUUUUCAUUAAAGCUUCUUUUCUUCCUUGUUGUUUUGUUUCAGGAGCGCUGCUUUCCUUCAGUGAGUGUUACUUCUAAUAGCAAUUUUUCUUUCAAAAUUGUGUGGCCAGCCUCUGUGAAAAUGUAUAUACUGGAAGAUUUCCUUUUAAAUGAGUCUUUGCGUCAAUGAUAGCUUUUUCUCAUUUUUCGUUGAAUGUUGUGCCUUGGUAUACAACCGUGUCUAAAAAGAUUGUCUCAGUGUCAGAUAUUUCGGCUGUGAAUUUCAUAGUAGGGUGAUGUGUAAGUUUACUCGUUCCGUGAACUUGAAGAAAUCUACGAUGUCUAGUUUACUUUUGUCCCACGGGGAAUAAUGUCAUUUAUGUAGCGUUUUCAAACAGUUGGUUUGAAGACGGUUUUGCUUAAACUUUGUGGUUCAAUGUAUGCGGCCAUGAAAAUUUGGAAAGGAAACUGCUGUGUGUGCUCAUCGCGGUAUCGUGGGUUUUUACUGAUAGUGCUUUCCAUUAAACUGGAAAGAAUUUUCUUUGAGGACUAAUCUAAGCAUUUCUCGGACCGAAACAAGAAACGUUCAGUUUUUUCACCUUUGUCUUUUUAAUAAAAUUUAUGAAGUUGGUAGCAUCUUUAAGGUGUGGCUUCUGUAAUUAUGGUAUUGGUUGUAGUAAUGUACCUGUAUCAACAAAAGAGGAAGUUCUUUCUGUAGACCAUCUGAUGAGCCAUAAAUUAAAAGAGGUUACUUCCUAACGGCCAGAAAAAAAUGCAAAAUGCUCUUUUUUCUGAAAACAAAUAUUGAUAAUGUCAGCCCAUGUCGGUAGUUGGUUAAUAUUUUUCUUGUCGGUAGUCGGUAAAUUUUUAAUCGUUUGGUCGGUAGUCAGUAAUAUUUUUCGCCCUUUGUCGCUAGUCGGUUAACCCCAUUCACACCCUCUUGUACCGGUGAGAGUGCUACAAUUUAAGUCUUCGUGCAUCUUGAUCCUCCGAUCUCUCACUAAGAAAGACUAUCAGGGGUUGCAAAAUGGUUUUUAAGACUUGAGAGUUUCAAAAUUCAUAUCUGGUGCCAAAAUGUAACUUUCACCUGAUUGUAUUUAAUUUGCUUCGAUUCGCUUUAAGCUUCCUGUAAAUCUGUUGUUUCAAAACAUUCAACAAGUGGAACCUAUGGACUGGUAUUGAACUCCUUACAUUUUGAGGUAAGCUCAAUCGUUGUACCCGUUAUAUAAAGAAAGAAGAACAUUUUAAGCCAUUUUAAUGUUCUUAUUGGCCUCACUCUGGAUGGCGUACCUAAGGAUUUAGAUACCUUUUUCUUUAUAUAAUCAAUCAGAUUUUAAUUAAACAAUAGAAAUUGUUCCAUACUGCUCCUGGAUACGUAAAAAAAGGGUCGAUUAGAUCGCUUUCCAUCUGUCAGUACUGGUUGGUCGGACCGUGACGGACCAGCCAGUAGUUUGAAAAUGAAACAGGCUUUUUCCAAAAGCUUUUGAAAACCAUCUCCUUCGUGCAUACUAGCUAUUUAGGAUUUGACCGAUCUGGCUUGAUAGUAUUGAUUAAAAGUGAAAUUCUAUUUGCGACGGGAAUGGUGGUCUUACCGGCUGACAAAUGGAAAGCGCCCUUUAGUUUGUCAUUAUCAGAGAUUUACUGUUUCAUUCAAUAACUGUUAAAUUAUUAUAGUACAUGACUGAAAAAAUGGUGUCGAUUCGAAAAUAAGAUUUUUUUAAUUUGAGUUGACAAGGAGUUCAAGUCACAGGAGUUUUAGCAUUUUUUCUUCUACCUAACACGGUUAUCAUUACACACGCAGGUGUACUGUGCCGUCCCAGCUCAAGGCUCACCGUGGACUCUUAUCGCCCGAUUUUCCAACUUCGAUAACAAGACCUGGAUGCGAGAUGAUGGACUCUGGUGGUAUGACCGAAACGUUGCCAUGGGAACAACAACUGAUCCUUCAGUCAAUACUGACAUGAUCUCACCAGCUUUUUGGUUGGUCAGCGGUAGAGAACUUAAGAUUACAGGCAGUGAUGACAUCAGUCACACGCCACUGUUGCAGACCACAGGGAACUGUUUGGGUGGACAAACAUUUCGAUCAAAAAUCACAAGUUAUGGCAACUUUAGAAAUGGCAAGCUUUGGUCCAGUGGCAGGUGCCUGGGAAGCUGCACGGUUCAAUAUGGCUGA